GGAGCAUGGUUUUGGUCUGCCUGGCUUGUUUUACAUCCUCUUUUUAGUGCGUCUCUAAGGCAGUAAAAUAUUAUACAGCAGUUUCAUAAUAGCGCUGUGCGGACUUUGUCUUUUAUACUCUUAAAGGAAGACAUGAUCUCUGGAAAUGAGAUCUGUUUUAGGCUUAUGCUGGAGUGAUGAUAGAUUGCCGGUAGUUGGAGCUAGUAACGUCAGUGUGGAGACAUGCCUCUGCUCCUCCCACCACCAGCAGAGAACCACUGAAGACCGCCUGUCUUUAGGAGCGAGGUUCCUGCUCCGGUUUGGUGUGGAGAGUUUGCCUCUAUCUUCCUUUUCUUCACUCAGAGCAUGGGCAGCUUUCCAUCUUGGGUCACGGUAAUGAGGUGACGAAAGAGGGAGGAAGUUCCGUUGAAACUACUCAGAAGUUUCAGUCAGGAAAUAUGAAGCAGAAGAGUAAAGAAUGUGCGUCGCCAGACCCCCAGGAUGCAGCAGACGUGAAGCUGGCUUCAAACCCAUCUGUGAACUCAGACAAGGAGUCGUCUGCAACGGUUAUGGCCACAGCCCAGCCCUCGCGGCUAAAGUAUCUGUCCCUGGGGGUGCUGGUGGUGCAGACCACCUCGCUGGUUCUCACCAUGCGCUACUCCCGCACUCUAAAGGAAGACGGUCCCCGCUACCUGGCCUCCUCCGCUGUGGUGUCCGCUGAGAUCCUUAAAAUCUUCACCUGUACCCUCCUCGUCUUGAUGGAAAACAAUCUCAGUGUGCGAGCGAUGGCCCUGCUGCUGAAGGAGGAGAUAGUGAACAAGCCUGUGGAGACCAUGAAGCUGGCCGUGCCUGCAGGGAUCUACACGCUGCAGAACAAUCUGCUCUAUGUUGCGCUGUCCAACCUGGAUGCAGCCACCUAUCAGGUCACGUAUCAGCUGAAGAUCCUCACCACAGCGCUCUUCUCUGUCUCCAUGCUCGGAAAGAAGUUGGGUCUCUACCAGUGGCUCUCCCUGCUGCUCCUCAUGGCUGGAGUCACUCUGGUGCAGUGGCCCACCGAGUCGGCAGGAGAGCAGAAGGUGCUGACCGCGGGCUCCCAGCUGGUGGGCGUGGUGGCUGUGCUGAUGGCCUGCAUGUCCAGUGGUUUUGCUGGGGUUUACUUUGAGAAGAUCCUGAAAGAGACCAAGCAGAGUGUGUGGGUCCGUAACAUACAGCUGGGUUUGUUCAGCUUUGUGUUCGGCUUUAUAGGAAUGAUGGUGUAUGACGGCCGGAGUGUGACACAGUCUGGGAUGUUUCAGGGCUACAAUGCCAUUACCUGCACAGUUGUUGUCCUGCAGGCUGUGGGCGGACUGGUCGUUGCUGUGGUGAUUAAAUAUGCAGACAACAUCCUGAAAGGAUUUGCCACCUCUGUGUCAAUCAUUUUGUCCACUCUCAUCUCAUAUUUCCUCCUGAACGACUUUAACCCCACAAGUUUGUUUUUCUUGGGAGCAGUGCUGGUGAUUGCUGCCACAUUUCUUUACAGCUACAAGGGCAAACCUGCCAGCAGCACCUUCAAAGUGUAGUGGACAGCUCUGUGAGCUGUGCUGCCUGAUGGAUGGGAUGGCAGACUUCCCCCUAACCCACCUCCCAGACUGAUGGACUGUGAACAGCGCUGGCACUCAGGGACUUAAAAUGCUGGAAGAGUUGAAGCAAUGGGACGGGUUACUGUGGAACAAUUCAGCUGGUUCUAGAGAGUCAGCCGUCUUUGCAGAAAAUAUUAGAUCUUAUGCAGCGACGGCGUCUGUCCGACAGUGUUUUACAUCUAAAACGCUGACAGAGAACAGUAGAGCCGAAUUGCCACGUCAACACUCUGUGAUGCAGUAACACUGAACUGCAACAACGAUAUAAAGAACGCAGAAGAUGUCAGUUCAAACUGCAGCAAGGAGAACUUGUUUUUAUUUUUAUGAAUUUGUUUGUUUUAAUGACAUGGGAAUGGAAAGCAUCGUAUUUCUAAACGUUGGUGCUGACUUCAUCUGAGUCAGAGGGGAGAACACGGGCUCCCUCUGGUGGAGGAAUGAGGAGGGACCUCUCUGCAAAGAGGAGGGGUCUACCUCUGCCCUGAGAUGCUGCAUGUUCUUUUUCUCACACCAGAUGAAUUAAAUCUGAUGAAAGCAACAUGACUGUUUGGUGCUCAGCGUUUAAGUAUUUAUUUUAAAAGCUCUUGUUCUAUUGUCACAUAUAUGUAAAUAAAGACAUUUUAUAAAUUAAUGAUUUAAAAUUGUAUUCACCUUGAUUCUUUCUUACAUCAAAGUGUAUAACUGCAU